ACUUAAAACAGGCAGGCAAUUGGCAAAUGUGUAGGAAGAGCAAUAAAUCGUGCCGUGACAGUCAUUUGCAUGCCUGAGAUUAUAAAAAGCUAGCUGUUUCUCAUUCUAUCUCAGAUAGUUCUUGCAGACCAUCGAUCUGGAACAUCACACAACACCAUGGAGACUACAUUGAGCAUCUCAUUGACUGGUGAACAGCAGCAGUAUAGGAACGUCGGUGGGAAAUGUUCAAAGAUGAUAAUCUUUUCGUUCUUAGUUGUCAUAUUGAUCUCUGUCCAGGUUGUUGCAGCGAGUUGUUUCUCGUUUUAUUUGCUCAAACAACAAAUGCAGAAUGAGGAGCCAAAUUCAAAAAGCAGUGAAUCCGCAAGAUGUUCGACUCACUGGACUGCAUCUAGUUCAUCUCCUAACAAUGAGAAGCUUGCUUGGAUCAAUGAAACCGGCCAGGCAUUCACAGGAAACUGCACCGAAUACAAUGAAAAUGAACAGUCCCUGCAAAUAAAAAAAAAUGGCAACUAUUUUGUCUAUGUUCAAGUGACAUUCAAAGAUGUCAGUAAUGUAGAAUUUAUUAUCAAAUAUGACGAUAUGGAGAUACUACGAAACUCAAGAGAAGCAAAGUAUCCUGGUUCUAAAUCAGUAUACUUUGGGAGCAUAUAUCAAUUGCGAGAAGAUACCAAGAUCUUUAUCAAAGCAAACACUUUGUCAAUUAAAUACGGAGAAGAAAUGACAUUCUUUGGACUUUUUGAGGUAUAGAAAACACCAGCUUUGCUAAAUCCCAUUAACUGUUCCAUAGAACAUAAAAAGCACUCUCCACCUGUAUGCACCAAUGAUGGCAAAGUUGUGUUAAUAUUGUACAUUGAAUUAGUUUUGUCACCAUUGC